AUGCCGUCUCCGAAUGAGUUACAAGAAUCGACAGCGGCCAGGGAGCGUGGAAACGGCUUCUAUCGCCGAGGAUUGUUUGCUGAAGCGGAGAAAGCGUACAGAGAAGCCGCUUCCUUAGCUCCCAAGGACCCGGCCCCAUGGUCCAAUAUAUCUGCCAUCAAGUUCGAGCAGGGUGAUUAUAGUACUGCAUUGGACAACAUAGAAAAGGCUUUAUCUUUGUCUGCCGAAGAGCCUGACUCUAGCCCAAAGAAACAGAAGCUCUAUACACGAAUGGCCAAGUGCCAUCUCUUUUCUCUUUCCUUUGAUGAUGCUGAGAAGUCGGUGACUUCCCUUCACGACGAUAGCUCUGCACAUGCGAUGCGAGCGACGUUGGAGGAUAUGCAUAAGAUUUCAAGCAUGUCCAGCAAGGGCGAGCUACGACAACAAGUUCUGGACCGCCUACCUCUAUAUAAGGGCCAACUACAAGACCGCCCUGAGUACUAUGCUGUGGGCCACGAUACGGCAUACCCUCUAUGGGAUGAGCCAUUGUGGCAUGCUGUGGGACCUCGCGGGGACGUGUCUUUCCUGCUUUGUGGCAGCGGUGAUGCUCGGCAUUUGUUUGCCACAAUGGUUUUCCUGGGUCUCAGUGGCCUGAGCCAAGGAGAAAACAGGCUGUUCAACAAAGCCCAUUUCACCAUUUUGGACAUCAACGCUACUGCGUUAGCAAGAACUCUUGUUAUCCUUGACAUGGUCAUCCGGUAUGCUAUCAUGAGGUGCGCGAAAAUGCCACGCAUCGAAGAUGCUCUUACCGUCAUGAGCUAUAUCUACUCCUCUGCAGUUGUCCCUGCGUUUGUUGCAGAGAAACUAGAGGAACACGUCAAGUCGGUGAUUGAUGAGCUCGAGGGAGAAGGAGAUGUUCUCGAGAUAUUCUUCAUUCCCAGAGACACCCGAAACAAGAUCAUCAAGAAGCUAAAGCAAUGGAUUCAGCCUCUUGCAGACGACUAUGCUCUCAAAAACUUGCGGCCAGCUACAGCGCUCAAGGACAGUACCAAAGAAUUCCGUGAACUCGGGGUUCUCUUCGCAGGAGAUGUCUUUAUCGGACGACGAGAGCCAGCACUACGACCCUUGCUUGACGCUUUUCGAUCCAAUGUUCAAGGUGCCAAGCAGAUCCUGGAAGGCUACAUUGACUCCCAUUGGAAGACGAAUCCAACACUUCUGGAUAUGGACUAUGAGGCCCGCCGCGAUGAUGUGCUUGAUACCAGUGCCCCUCCCAGGAAGUUCACUCCAUCAAUUGAGUUGGACCCCGCACAGCUCAUGCAGAGUAUCUACAACCCUGCAAGGCCUAAACCGGAGGAUGGAGACGUGCUGGAAAGUCUCGAUGGGUUCUUCGAGACCCUUGCUACCGCGACUAUGACACUCCUGCAGCAUGUACAAAUCGAGGCAAUCGCUGGUGAGAUGGCCGAUACACUGGAGCGAAUACGGUACGACGGCUUCGGGCAUCGCUCUCAGAAGCCCCUAAAGGUUGGGGCUAUCGAUGCAACUAAGUUUCCGCGGCAAUAUGACAGGAUUCACAUGAGCAAUAUCCCGGACUACGUCGGUGGACCUUUAGCCGCCCUCCUGUAUGGUGGCCCUCUUCUUCGUGAGGACAGACCGUCAAAUCUAAGAUUCAAUAACCUGCUCAAUCCACCCAUGUUCGAAACACACGAUCAGUUUCUGACAGAGUAUAUACUCAUGUACGACGCCAAGCAGGUGGCCGAUCACUUCGGGCUGGUAAAAGAGAAAGAAACUGGCGGGGUCAUUUCAAACCCUAUUGCGAAGAUGAUCGGUAAUCAGUUUAUGACCGAAGACUACUUCAUUUGGUCUCGUUCUGGCUCCAAGAAAACGCCAUUGUCCCGUCUCAUGACACGCCCUGCUCUGGAAAAAUGGCUGCACUCUCACUUGCUCAAGAUCUGCAUUCCCUAUCCUCGCCCCCUGUGGAGUGAUAGCCCAGUUCAUGCUCCGCUAAAUUUGACUGCAUUUUUCAGGAUUGUGGUCCGUCUGCAUGAGGUUGGAUAUCCAGCGCACUGGCUUGCAGACGUGCUUGCAAGCAUCUGUGAGGGCAGCAUCACGACAACUGCACGUUCUCCCCGGAAGUUAGUACUUCAUCCGAAUGACCUUAAAACGUCCUACCAGCAACGCAAAAUCAGCUUGAGUCCAUGGAAAGCCGAGUUCACCACGUUGCUCAGCCUCUGGCGACGCCUCUUGCCUUUCGGGAUCGUCACUCCUCCAAGCACAUUGGUAAAUCCGGGCGAAAUCCUAGAAUGCAGCAUUUCAUUUCCGAAGUUCGUUGAGAAGCUCACCAGAGCUCCUCAUUUCAAUGUUAUGUUCAUUAACAUGGCCAUGGUCGGCUCAAGAAAGCUUGAUCUCCUGGGCCUCCUCCGAGACGAUGAAGAAGGGGAUGGAUUCGAUUAUGCAAAACGUUUGCGAGAAGAGGGUGUGCAUAUGAUCACAGCUUUCAACUAUGUGACCGACACAAGGACGGCUACGUGUUGGCUGCGUUAUUACUGCGACUGCAACGCCGGUAUCUCGAUCCCUGAGAUUGUUAGGAGAUUGGGCGACUUGGAACUGUUUGGCUCCCGGAUGAGGCUAUGUUGUUUAUUUCCCGGCAUCAUAUUAGGAGAACGCCCGAUGCCCGCCGCUCUCAACGGUCUGUAA